GGCAGCAGCGCCGAAAUCGGUACCGGGAAUUAAAAAUAGCACAUACCUGCCCGCAGCGGGGUCCGCUCGCAGGCUGCGUUCCAAAGAAUGCUGGUGCAGAAGUGCUCCAGCACAGCUGGGGUGGUAAUGAAAUAUAGUCCGGAAUAACGGAGUCAGUUUGGAAAAAAAACAAACAAGCAAACUGUUUUUUGUAAAAAUAGAAAAGUGCAAAUACGGCUACUGCAAAACGCUGAGUGGGGAGAAUGUCAAACACACCAGUACUGUAUCAAAAACUUUUCUCUGUGUGUGGAAAUCUAGGGAAUCCCAUUGUCACCGCAGCAGAUUUGGGCACCAGGCGCACAGCAGUGCAGGACUGGAAAUCAAUGAGACUUGUGGACAGGCUUCACAUUUCUUAAGCCCUAUGGGUUAAACACAAGGUGAAUAAGCAUGUCAAUAGUUACAGUCCAGCUCGGACAGUGCGGUAAUCAAAUUGGUCGUGAGGUGUUUAAUGCUAUCUGCAGUGAUGUCCAUGGCGCACACGGACUGUGUUCCAAGAAGGAGAGUGAAUCCUACCAUGAUGCAUGUAAAGAACGCUUUUUCAUCGAGGCAGAAUCUGGAGUACCUGUUGCCCGGGCUGCGCUUGUUGACAUGGAACCUAAAGUAAUCAGCCAAACUCUGUCAAUAGCUGCCAAGUCUGGCUACUGGAAAUACGAUGAUCAUUCACACUUCUGUCAGAAGCAAGGGUCUGGGAACAACUGGGCAAAUGGUUACACUGUUCAUGGGCCUAGACACAAAGAAGUAAUCAUGAAUCUGGUACAAAAAGAAGCAGAGAAAUGUGACCGACUUGGUGGAUUUUUCACGAUAAUGAGCAUGGCUGGUGGUACAGGAUCUGGUUUAGGAGCAUUUGUGACCCAAUGUUUGAGAGAUGCUUUUCCAUCCUCGUUUAUAUUAAACCAUGUUAUCUGGCCCUACGGCACUGGUGAGGUCAUUGUUCAAAACUACAACUCUGUUUUGACUCUGUCACAUCUGUAUCAGUCAUCAGAUGCUCUUCUUGUUCACGAAAAUGAUGUCAUCCACAAGAUCUGUGCUCAGCUGAUGCAUAUGAAACAGAUCUCCUUCAAGGAUGUAAACCAAGUCAUUGCACAUCAGCUAGGGAGUGUUUUCCAGCCCACUUACACAGCAGAAGAUGGCUUACACUAUAGCAGAAACCCAUUAGGAGACUUAAUGGAGACAUUAGUUCCACAUCCUGAAUUCAAGAUGUUGGGUCUUCGUAACAUACCUCAGAUGCCUGAAAAUUCCCUUGCAUAUAGCACAUACAGUUGGCCUGGACUCAUCAAACAUCUAAGGCAAAUGCUCAUUGCUAAUGCCAAAAUGGAAGAAGGUAUUGAUUGGCAAGUACAGCCGCCACGUCCGGGCUCCUCCAUUCCCUCCAGCCAUUCCACAAACAAGCUGCUGCAUUUCAAUACUUCCAUUGCCAACCUGGUUAUCCUGAGAGGAAAAGAUACGCACAGUGCAGACUUAGGAAGUUUUCGAGAUCCUUCAUUAUAUACGUCAUGGUUAAACCCUCAGGAUGCUUUUAGUGCAUGGAAAACACCAAGAGCAUUUAAUAAGUAUGAAAAGUCUGCUUCUUUGGUUAGCAAUAGCCAGUUCCUGCUGAAACCUCUUGACAAUGUUGUACGAAAAGCUUGGAAUAUGUUUGCUUCCAAAGCCUAUGUUCACCAGUACACUAAAUAUGGAAUUGAAGAGGAAGACUUCUUGGACAGCUUCACAGCUCUGGAACAAGUUAUCUCCAGUUACACCAUCCUUUGAUUUUUGAAAUCGUCUCUUCCUGAAAGAAUCCAGCACUGGAAGACCUUCCAUCAGCUUCCUAAAGUACAUAAAUCACUGAACUAUAACUAUUUUUCAGUCUUGUGUGCACUGUGUGCCUGUGUUAGAAUAGUAAGAACUGAAUGGGAACUGAGUAUAUUCAUAUGGGCAGGUAUUAUUCAUAUUUAAUAUAUGUAAUAGCUAUUUUUCAAUACAGUUAUCUACUGAAGCUAAAUCUUUGAACAUCAUUUUUAGUACUUGCAUAUUUUUUUAUGAAGACUUUCUAUUAUAAAGGAUUUUUCUCUAGACAUUCUGGCUUCUCCCUUUCCAACUUUUCAUGCUAACACUUUGUCCUAGAAUGCUUCAAUGUUGAUAAAAAUGUACACAAUCAGAAUUAUGAAUCCAAACUCCAUUUGUGUAUCAUUCAGAAGCCAAUAGACUGCCACCUUGUCCUUUACAGCAAAGUAAGGCCUAAAUUCUAUUUUAAGGGCCUUAAUCGUGACAAUACACUGGAAAUUCUGAACCAUCUGAAAAAAAAAAUAAUAAUAAAGAACAGGGUGUUCAUUUUCUUGGUAUCUUGAAAUAAUAUUAGAGAUUAUAAUGAAUUGUAUGCUUUCCUAUCCAUUUCACUGUGCCAUGUUUGUGAUACCUACCACGUUAAAAUAAUGUAUAUAGCAUAUUGGAGAUCUUGGCUAUUUGGUACAGGUUAAGUAUAGGCUUAACAGGGAAAACUACAACUCUUACUGUUCCUAUGUUACAGAGUUAGAAGCAGGUAGUUUAUAUCUAUUUUUUAUUAUUUAAAAAGAUUUAGGAGGAGAAGUGCUGGUAGAUUCCAGAUGCAAGUCCCUGUAAUAUAGCAUCACAUACUGUAUUUCAAAAGUUGAUUUAAGAAACCGGUUCUCUUUUUUUUUUUUUUUUGACAAAUUUUACCACGACCACAAGGUGGUGCCACUGUGAAGCUGCAGCUCGCAAACACUCGGACACAUCAGCCAGAUAGUUACAGGAGCAAGAGAUUGCAAUAGCACAUGGGGGCACGUACUGGAAGCAUUUAAAUAAGGACUUUUCUUUUGAGAAGUGGACAAAUAUUAUAGUUCCCCUUAAAGUCUGUGCUAUUUUCUGCCAGGCUUCAUCUUUAACUAAAGGAUGAGCAAGCCCAUAGUAUGGUAAAUACGUUAAAGACCUUUGCAGUAUGGCUAACGAUGCCCACAUAGAAGUCUUGCCCUGUUAGAAAUUCUGAUUUAGAUUUUAGAUCUUUAAUGAAUUAACACAGUAGUAGAUGCAGGAGUGACCUUGUAAUUCUGCCGGGCUUCAGUUAGAGGACAGCAGACACCAUACAUUACUCUUAUCUUUAUUUCCUUUCCUGGUUUCAUUUAUUUCGUCACUUUUGUUCAGGCCAGGAACAGGAGCACUAAAAUCCCCCCAGGAGCAACUGUUCUUAAAGUAGCUCUGGCACAUGAGAUCUGGAACGGCAAACAAAUUUGUUGACAAGAUUCAAGUAACUGUACAAUCGAACCUGAAGUAAGUAAGUACUGGGGCUAAGUUCAGAAUUGCUCAAAUACUGGUAGAGUAAUAGGUGAUCACUGGAAUGGUUUAGUUUCAAUGCAAGCCACAAUGGAUUCUGAUAAAUUUCAUGGCACUUUAUAGAUAAGCAAUAUUAAUCUCUUAUGUGUUCAAAAAUAAAUUCCAGGAGCUUGUUACUAGUAGGGGAACUGUCAGCACACAACAUUAAAGUUGAGCCUAGUCCAUGCAGAAAAAUUACCUGUGUAAAUUAAGAGCUAUGUUAGUGCUUCAGUUCAACAUCUGACUCAUUAGAGGAUCGUUUGUGGGUGUGGUUGGGGGGGGGAACACAGGAGAGAAGGAAAAGAGGAUAAAGCAGAUGGGGUAAAUGUACCUGGUAACUUUUCAUAUAAAAAGAUAUUUACAUCUACGACAACAGAUUUUGAAAAUAUUCUUCUGGAAAACCACAGUACACAAUCCAACUCAGUCCGGUUUGCUUUCUGUUUUCACUCGGCUGCUUUAAUUCCUGUUUUAGGAACACCCUCUCAAAAGGGAAUGACACAAUAAUCAUGGUUCAACUAUUCAGACAUGCUUCAAGCCCUAUACUGUUUGGAAGUUUAAAACUACAUAUAUAAUUACUUUUUUAUAUACAAUUAUUUAUGAUUAUUUCAUAUUAUUUCACUAAACUACUUCCUGGCAGCUCAGAGUUAGGGGACUGUUAUGAUCAGAAGGGGUUUUCUGGUCUGGUAUUUUUGUCAGUUUAAACUAUUGUCUUUAACUUUGGUAUUUUCACACAAGAAACUGGAGGAAAGAUUGCAUAAGACAUUAAGAUAAACAGCAGGGGCAAUUCAAGUUUGCAGGGAACAAAGGGUCAGGAAAGCAGACAGUAUGGUGAGGUUCUCCCUCUUUCCUCCUUAAAAAGGCACAGGAUGUUUAGCAACAUAGAAAUAAUUUGCCCUAGUGUUUUCAACAGAUAAUGCUAUCAGACUAAGAACUUCUUCCAGUAUCAGAAAUGAAAAUAUUCAUUUCUGAAAAAGUAACUAAGACCCAGGAAGGCAUAUUCUUCCUCAGUGUUACACUGGAUAGGUAAAAGAUUUUUAAAAGCUUAUACAAAUAAGUCCUUUCAGAACCAAGGAAGAGAGCAAUAAGUUAUUGUACUGCUACAUCAAGCAACUUUAUUGCACAAAUAAUUUUGCAUUACAUUAUCUCUAUGUAUUUAUAAUUCUGAGCAUGAAGCAAGCACAGCAGGCACUUACUGCAGCUGUGAACAACGUAGAGCCUUUAUCCAUUCUUUAUAGCUACAUAUGUUAUUUAUGGCUUAUAUCACUUUCAGUUAAAAGAGCAGGAUAUUUGGGUUUCCUUAAGUUUGGCAGAAUUUGGGCCACAUCAGGAAAUAGCAAACAGCUAAGACGUAUAUCCCUAAAGCAAAAAUAGGGAUUUCCUUAUUUAAUCUCAAGUUACAGCAUAUGAACAGCAAAGAAAAAUACUACAGCUCAAAGGCAGCACUAGGCCAACAAGUUCAUUACUGCUUAACAAGGGUAAUUCUGCAGGAACUUGUUCACAAUUAGGAUUCAGGAAAAAUACAGCUUCCAUGCAAAAACGAUUUUCAAAGCAGCAAUAGAGGAUCAAGCCCAUCAGCCAAAUUUUGACAACACAGACUUCUCAAAACUACAAAAAAAAAUGGAGGCAAAACCAGAACUGAAACUGUUGUAUUAGCUGUUAUAGUCCCUUUUGCUGGAAAAGAGAUUGUUAGGAAUUAUUUUAGGCUUCUCUAGGCUUCUUCCUGUCAGUGUUUUUCACUGCUGACCUCAGUUUUGAAAUUCUCACACCCUUUCCCAAACUAAGCCUUCAUUUUUUGAUCUAUGGCUGGAUUCCUCUAUUUUUUCCCCAGGAUGUGGAGAGGAGAGGGUCAUAGUGACAGGAAGUGAAUAACUAUUACCAAAUUUUCAUCAUCUAAAAUUAUAUUAGAAGGUAAAAUAGUCCUUUUCUAUUUUAUUGAGAAAAUUAAUUGUGUAAAGGAUAGCCUGAGCCUGGCAGAGGGCCUUUAUUUCAUUAGAAAUUUAAAUCAGUGAGGUAAUCAAAGGUCAGCACAAGCCAAUGGCUCACUGAGGCAGGGACAGCAGAAUCAGUGGCCUUGACCUAGCCAGUUUUAGGCGAACUACCCACAGGAUGUCUAUAAACCAAGGAACAAUGCGUCAAAUCUCACUAUUGUUUUUUGUAAUGGACAGGUGCAGCUCAGUUGGAAGUUGCUUGAAGGACUAACUAUAGCAGAAAUAUUUAAUGAAUGGGGUAACUUUUAUUUGGUCACCAACAAACAGGACCAAAGUUUAACACGUUACAAGUUCUUAAAAGAUAGUAACAGGCAAGUGACAGGGCCCUGAUAUAGUUAUAAAUACCAUUUAUUUGAACUUACAUAUCAGUGCUUAUAAGGUAAGACUAACUACCAGUAAAGAAAUGACAGUACUUUAGUGAAAAUGCGUAGGGGCUUUUAAGAGGAUUACCUGCACAGAUUUACCAGACAGGAACAGUUCUGGAUUAAGGGCAAAAACCUGUGGUUUCCACAAAGACCAGGACUCUAUCAGUAAGAAAGAAGGAAGUUAUGUAUGAAUUACCAGCCGAUACACAACUAAGAAACAUUAAGGUACAAAAGGGCACUGAAUGAAUAAUUCAUUCCCUUCUGCAUUUGUUAAUAAAUUCAGUAUAGGUAAAUACUAUGAAAUGACAGACCAAAUAUCCAAAAUUAAGUAUUCUUUGACAUCAAAGUGUACUUUAAAGUCUGAGUUUUGCUGUACACCACUUUAAAAAACCACCUAACAGUCAUCAGGAACGUGAUUCAUGGAUCUGAUGUGUUACGAAAAGCUUCAAAAGGAACUGAGCUGCUGCCUUUCCUCUGCUGCUUUCAAGGGCAACCCAGACACUGCUUUACCAAUGCAGCAAAUUCUAGCGUAGGCUUCCUCCGCAAGCCUGCCUCUGGGCUUCCUACCCCACCUCUGCCCACGCUCCAGAAGCACGGCUUGGACACUCAGACAGCCUUUAACCCGCCUGGAUGUAGAGCUGAUAAUCCUGAAUUUUAACUAUAGAGCCUUUCCGGCUCUUUCAGUCAAACUGGAAGUUCACAAUGGACCCUUCUGAUUUCACAUUGUAUGAAUCCUCUCCCUCUAGACAGCCACUUCCCCUCUGUCCGGGUGGGGGUAAUGAGUCACCUACCUCAGUGAAUCAGCAGAACCUGCUUAACCCUUUCCCAGAUGCAUGAACAGCUGCAAAUAGGGUGGUGUUUCCAACGAAUUUCAUUGCCAGUGAUACAGAGCAAACUGGAAAAGCUGAAGAUAUCCUGAGAUAAGAGAUCAGAGAGGCUGCUUCUGCUCCUUAGGAACCAGGAAACUUAAAGGCAAUUUUUAUGUGUAUACGUUCAAUGACAACACUCAUGGUUGCACUACAGUGAAUAGAUGGAAGAAGUCUAAACCUCAGCCCCACGUCUCAUACAUGCCUGAGAGAUUCUGAAUGGUGACUGCUACAAGAGUUUAGCAGUAUAAAGCAAUGUCACAGGCCUCUGUACGGAGGCAUGUGACUAAGGUUGCAGAAAGCCUUGUCUGCUUGUCUUAGAAUCAGUUUUGUUUUUUUUUUAUUUUCUGAAGAUGGAAUGUUACACCAUAAGAGAAAAGCAAAAUGAGGACUUUCUCCAGGCCAAGAUUCCCAUUUUGAAAGAAAAAAAUAAAAAAUAAAAAUAAAAUAAAAUAAAAUAAGCCACUGGUUAAUAGAAAAAAGACAGAAGAAACAUUUCUCAACACUUCUCGUUUGAGCUUCAGUAAGCUGUGAGCUCUUGUUUCCCUAAUUAUACAUGAUGAGAAAUUAAUACCACUUAAAUGGCAUAUAUGCAUUUAAAUGGGUGCGUUCUCCAGAAAUGAUUAUUGUACAUAUUUGGUUACACAUGCAGUGUAAUGUUUAUUCAAAGGCUCACAAAAAUACACUUCAGUUGCCUGAGAAUGGUGUAAUUGUGGUCAGAUGGCAUGAUUUAAUUUGAACUUUUGCCCAGCAGGCUCCAAUAUGUAAUAGAUCAUUUACUGAAGCAUGUAAGCAGAACACCACUGAAGGAGCCAAAUGGAAAGCAGCCUUAUCCCACAUGCUGAAGGUGUAAUAAAAUACUGACUCUGUACUUCUUGGUUGGCAAGGGCAGCUGUAGGUUCAUUAUAAUAUCCUCAAUAAGAAUGGUUGGAGCUGGGCAAUAGUUCAGAGCUACUGCUCUCCAGAUGGCUCAGAACAAUACCGAGUUCGAGAAUACAUAUUCCCUUGUAAGCCUGCUUGCUGCUGGAUGGCAUGCAUUUUUACCCCUUACAAAGAAAACACUGGGAAAUUUCCUCCUCACCCCACUUUGAGCAACUUCAGCCUGUAUUACAACGUGACUCUGAGUCACCUGGACAGCAAAUGUUUUAUACAGCUAUUUGACAUUGUAUGUUAGCAACUUCUCCUUCUGAGGCUGAAUUUUGGUGGAGAAACCUUGUACUAGUAUUUGGCAACUGAUGAACAGAAAUCCAAUUAAAUACUCUUCUCACAAGAAGAAAGCUUCCGUUCCCUCCCUACUACGCCUUAACUCAGGUUUUCAUAUUAUUUUCCUCUAUAAAGAUUUAGUCAGGCUUCUCCACAAACCCAGUAUUUUCACGGUGAAGUAUAAUUAUAUACAACUAGAUCUAAACCUAAUGCAGACUGAAAGGAUAGCCUAUUUUUCAGUGCAUAAAGGAAACUGAAUGUGCUUUAGUACACAUGGGAUCCUGCUCAAGUCGAACAAAACUCCCGUCAACAGUCAAGCCUGAACUUGUCCAAAAAUUGCUAAGCACCAAGGACAGUCAGGGCUACAAGAACUGAGCAGAUGAGCUAUAAGUAACCAUUUUAAGCUAGGACUCUCAGGAUCAGGUCUGCCAAAUAGUUAAGCACUUUCAUUAGUCAUUUAAUCAGAACGAUCAUCUCGCUCAGAGCUGAAAUCUUUUGCCAAAGCCCCGCACAGGAGACUUCCACACUUUACUUAAAAAACACCAGGCUCCUGGUGAGCAGCCAUCACGUUUUUAGUUCAUGCAGAAAUGCUGCAGUGUGAUUUGCCACAUGCAGAAGCGUUUAAGACAAGUUUACAUACAACUGUUAAGUGAGACAACAGAAUUAGGAUCACCAAUCGCAUUAGCACAGGUCUAGUAGAAAUACUGCUUUGAACUUUUUUUUUUGUCAACCUUUACUUUGAACUUAACUAAAUACUUGCUUCAGGCAUCUUAAAAGUUUCUCUUCCUGCUGCUCCCCAUCUCGAGUCUCCUUAUGCAACAUGCACGGGUACACGUGACUAGGUCACAAGAGGUCAUCUGGACUGAAGUGAGACAUGAGGAUCAGGGAAUGAGAAAUGCGAAAUCUGUUUUUAUGGAAAUAUCCUGAAUAUUACAGCUAUCAAGAAAACAGCUGCAGCAAAUGAGAAGCACGGCAGAGUUUUUGUGAACAUGGCUAGAUUUGUACAGAGUUGUAAACCUAAAAGUUCAUUUUUCCUUUAAGCAAAUCCGUUUUUUUUCAGAGGCAGAAAAGAAAUGCCGAGCACCCAAAAUUGCUGUUUCAAGCCUUUUUACAGAUGGAAUGAACCUAAUAAACAUGUAGUCUCAGGAAAGACAAAUGGUCCCUUAAAACUCAUAUGGUUUCUACAUGCAAGUGUGAGCCUCAAAUGAAGUAUUUGCGGUUUAGUUAGCAUUAGUUACUUUUGCAAGAGAAUUGCCAAUUUCUUUUCUGACAUGUUGGAAGGAAAAUAGAGGUACCACAAAGUCACUGCAUACAAACAUAAGCUUUGGGAAAAGCAUCUAAUCCUUCAAAAAAAAAAAAAUGUAGACUUUGUCGAAUGGUUCAAAGCAGAUCUUAACCUUCCCAGGCACACAGGCCACUGGUGGUGCCCAAGUAGCUUGGAGCCCUGGCUGACAUCUGCCAUAUCAGUGCCACCUUCCAAAGAAAAGGCUUUAGAUCUUAAAUUUCAUGUAGAUCGGCCAGCAUUCAAGAAAGUUCAUGGGUGACUACCUACAGACUGAUGUCAGCAAUCGUAACUGAUUGCAAUCUUGCAUAAAACCAGGCUGACACUUCAGUGUUCCUAAAUUUCCCUAGAUUCGAGAUGCCUUAAAUCAUCUGCAUCAAACACAGUCCUUCCCUCACAGGAGGAGGAACAUGGAGGAGGACCACAGGAGUCACCCAAGAAAAGACACCUUUUACAUGGACAGAAACGCAGCUUCUGAGGCCAUCAGGAGACGGGUGCGGUUUGCAGAGCAGCUAUCGAAGCAGGGAACAAUACACUGAGCUGACAAGUCCUAUCUCCUGCUUUUCAUCAGGAAACAGCAGCUAGUUUCCUUAUUACCAACUGCCUGGGCAACUCAUUUAAGCUUCUUGGAAAAGCAGAACAAUUAAGCUGGGAGUAACUCCUUUGAAACACGGAAGAUGCAGCACACUUACAUAUCCAUAUCUGAACAGCUUGUCAAAUGAGGUUUAAAGAAAGGUGACCUUUGAUUUAAUGCUAAUGUAGUCAAUACUCUUUGAAUCAUUCCAUGAGUGAAUAAUAAAAAAAACCCUCCAGCAAUAAAAAGGGCAAUGUUAAAGGCAAACUAAAACAAAGCUUGGGCCAUUUAACAGGUUCACAAGUGCAUUUCUUACUUUUUAACACAACUGAUAUCACUGGCAGUGAACGGGCUCAGUGACUUCAGAGCCCAACAGCCUCUUCAGUUUGAAUUCAACACAGAGCCAUACUCAGCUUUUUUGACCAAACUACCAUUUGGCUGAAUUCCUGCUGCACGCCAAGAAGCCCAGCACAGGUUGCUGGGCAGUUCCUGUCUGCUUUUACCUGGACAGCCAAAUAUCUGAAAGACAUUUGAUGACAGUUUCUGCAUUUGAGCUCCUUUCGCUUUGACAACUGGCCCAGGUUGUCACAGCCUCUCCUAUUCACACCACCACCAAAAUAUUGUUGUGCUGCCUUUUAUGAAAGCUGAGUGGAUUUUUGUGCCCUCAAUUAGAAACCUGAAUUACAAAGUCACAGCUCAGAGUUCUUCUGCAUAAUCCCUUUAAAAAUGAGUUUGCAAGAGCAUAUGCAAAUAUUUACCCUCUAUCUGGUUCUGAACACAUUAGCAGGCUAUUUCACAAGGAAAGAGAUUGCUUCACUCCGUUUCCUGAAGAGGUUCCAGCAAUCCACCGAGGUUCCAGCAAUUAAACCCUCACCUGGACCAGUCUGGGGCGAGAGCCCAGCAGGAAGCCCUCCCUGGCUCUCCCCCCUUCAUGCUCCAUUUAAUGCUGCAAUCCGGUCAAGGCUGGGUAAAGUACUUACUGUGUAGUUUUUUCUUCUUCCCCUCCAAAGAAAUAAAAAACAAAAAAAUAUGGGAAAAAAACAGAAAUUUAAAUCCCAGAAGAGCAAUUUCAAUUACUGCAUGUGAUUACAUUGAACCUUUUAACUGCUGAUUACAGAGUAUUUUUUUUUUAACCAUGUGCUUCAAAGAAAACUGCAAUUAUUUUUACCUCUGAGGAACACACCCAAUCACCACUUAUUUCUACACCUGCAAUAAAUUUUGUCCACUAACAUUUAUAUUUGUGCUUGAUGAUCACAGAAACAUCCACAGUAUUUGUGCUUGCAAUUAGUGCUGCCUGCAGUGAGAAGGAGGCAGAUUCUAACAAAUUAAAUAAUGAAAUCCAAAAGCACAGCAGGGAAGGACGUUCAGGAACGACAUUAAGCCAUCUUCAAGUACUAGUGACAAGUAUCUGUUAGCACGACAGGCAGCUGGGUCAUUUUAGAGGGAAGUGCUUUAACAAGAAACAGUGUGACACUGGGGCAGAGGGAAGGAACUGCAGACAGGGAGCAAGUUUCCUGGUGGCUUUUACGGAGCUAAAUGUGGUGUGGAACUGGGCGAUUCAAUCUAACACGGCCCAUCCCAGUCUGUUGGCCCAGUGCGACCGUUUCUGCUUUGUUUACAUCAACACAAUCCUUCUUGCCCUGAUCAGGUACGUCGUGGCUGCCACGGAGGGGAACAUGCCAGCCAGCAUGCUCAUGGCUCAGCCAGCCCCCAAAGUACACUGAGGAGGGACGAGUGACAGGUCGUCGGGUGGUAAGGGCGUGAAGAGGGGAUCAGCUGUGAUCCUGUCUGACCUCAGCUCUGAUGCACUGCGUGGAAUUGCUGGCCAACUUUCUGCUUUGUUUCCUAUUUACAGUGAGUGCAUUUGUGAAAGCAGAGAUUUAGCCAUGUUCCACAGAUAAGACUAAAAACUCUAACACCUUAAGGUCAUCUUUUGCUUGUUUAACCACCCAUUAGUUGUUAUGAGGGCUAUUUACUUCUGUGUGAUUUUUAAUUCCAAGAAAAAGAAUUUAUUAUUCAGUGUCUAAACUGCAAGAAGAAUCAGAUAAAUUACAGUGACAUGUGCUAAGGUUGCUGCUCUUGCGACAGAGCUCUCUUUGAAUCCUUCUCUAACCCAUUUUAAACUACAUGAGUGACUGCUUCCAGUGUAAAAUUAAAAAUACGUACAACAAAAGGAAACUUUGGGUUAAGGGAGCAAAACACAUUUUCAGAAGAAAUGCUAAAAGCUCUGUGUCUUUGAAGCCACAAAAUGCAAUUGCUAAUUUAUCUUCUAUAUUCACAAUCACCAGAGAAUGCUUGAAAUAACAAAUUUCACAGCACAACAACCAAAUUCAAUAUACAAAAAUAGAAACAAUCCAGCUGAAAUAAACACGGGAAAUCAGUUAUUUGUUUAUUUAAGCAAACAUAAAACUUUCCAUUUUCAAAUCUCACUAGGUUUGCAUAACUUCCAUUUCUAUUACUUUUUACCUUUUACCAAAGUCACACUGUCUCUCAGUGACUGAACAGGUAGAAGCAAGUAGAACGAGCAGUCCCUUUGUUAAAUAUUUUUAGAAAGCUUCAAAACAACAGCAUAGCUUAUCAGAAUGGAUGCAUACAAACAUGACUUGCAGAACAGUAUGUAUGUAUUUCUCACUGUAUGUGUGUAUACAUAUUGAAAUACAAGUGAGAGGAAAGCUUUCAGUCUGUCUAGCAAUUUUUCACUACUAAUCAGUAGGCAAGGAGGCAUAAUUAUAACAAGACUGCUAAGGCAUUUAGAAAGGCAUUAUUUAUUGGGUCAAGCUUAGAAAGUUUUUUUUUCCUCCUUUUGUAAUUAUUACAAUUUCCUCAUCUCUGGAUGACAGCAUACCUAAAUAAGUAAAUUUCAUUUACUCUCACGGAAGACCAUCAGACACUACUAGAACUGUGAAGUAAAUACCAGUGUCCGUAGGACGAACGGCAGAUUUGAGGAAAAACCACUGCCACUAAAACUGGGGAAAGCUGCGAACAGCUGUUUCAUUAAUCCAAAUACCCUGAAGAAAAAUCAAACACCUAUGAACUGCUGGCAUGAUCUAUUACAACAUGCCAAACUAACAUUUUAGUAGACUGAAAAAAGUAAAGUAUCAAAAAGAACCAUGAGGGUGGUUUUUUUUGUUUUUUUUUUGAGUAUGUAUCGUAUUAGAGUAAGUUCUUUGCUACAUAAUUGUCAAAGACCUUAUUUAGUCCAAAAAAAAAAAGCUACUAUGGCCAAGAAUUAAGAAAUACUAUUCAUCUUUUAAAAAUCAUUGGGGCAAAUGAAUGGCCUUUAUGCUUUUAACUAUCUCACGGUGCCUCCCAGCACUCGGAGGUUUAGAUAUUUAACGUAGUCAGCAGCUCUACUGAGAAAGUCCAUAUUACAAGCCUCUCCAUUCACUCCGUAAGAAUGUUUAGAGUUAUACAUGAAGCAUACAAAAUAAACAUUACAAACCUUACACACAAUUGAGAUGAACCUUGGAAAGAUGCUUUAUGCAUACUGCUGCACUGCGUGACUUCUGCACUCAUUUCUACCGGAACUUAAAAACAUUUAUAUGCUACUGAUGUUCAAUGAAAACAGUUGGAGAUGGAUGAGCAAACGGUCAGAUGAAAGAUACCAAAAUGUCAGACAGCCUACCGACUGUUGUUGCCAUGAGAUCCAACAGUCAACAUCAGUCUGAUAAGCUAUCCGACAGGAUGGUACAGCCAUGAAGAUGUCACGACGGUUGGCAACACAAGAGGACAUUCAGGCAGGAUUGAACAUAAUACUUAUUCUCUCACCUUGCUCGGGAUCUGCCCUACCCUAAUACAGGGAUAAGCCUAACCUAAGCGAGAACAAAAUCUAGCUACUUUGUGCUCAUAUUCCACCUUUUGAUAACACUAACUGAAAGUCAAAUUCUUGUUAGUUAAUGCCCCGUAGGAUAAAAAUGAAAAACAAUAGUUCUGAAAUUGUUGGAGUUGCAAUACAUACACUGUAGAAGUGGAAUAGGUAUCUACUUACUAAAGAGGGAAGAGAUCAGUUUUGGUAUGGGUUAUGUCAUAUACAUUAAAACUGGAACACACCGAUUCCUAAUAAUGUUCUAUAAAUGUCUCAAUUUUAAAGCAUAACUGUAAGGUUCUCUAUGGUUCUACACAUCAUUGUUGGGUUUGACACCAAUUCUGUUUUCAGAUGGAAUUUUUACUCUUCAUUGCUCAUGGCGCUGUGAUCAGUGGCAAAUGUCUACAAAGAAUUUAUGCUAACAAACACAGCUAGCUAGCUAAUUUGCCUGCAUGAAACAUACUUCAAGUUAUUACCAGUGAGCCAUACUUCAAGUUAUUUGCUUUCUACUUUCUUCUGCUAAAUAAGAAGUUCUUAAAGAAAGAAAAAAAAACAACCAAGAAUAAAGGGCGGUUUCAGCACCAUUUGUGCAGGAAGGAUGAGUAAAGCAUGCACUUCAUGGGAUUAAGGCUUAAUAACGAAACUGAGUAUACAAAAGUGGAGAGGAAAAGAAACAGUUUAAAAAGACUGACACAAGAAAUUCUGGAAUGAUCAAAGAUGACUUUAUAAAGUUUUAUCUUAACUUCAUUCUAAAUAUACAGAAUAAAAAAUGCCAGCUUCAGCAUUUUGACAUCAAUCAUCUCUGCUAACAUCAUGAAGAUUAAAGGGUGGCUUUUCCAACCGAGAGCACGUGCAAUGCAAUGGGACACUGGAGAAUUGAGAUGGAAUAACCUUACCGUGAGGGACAUGCAACAGUUUUUACCCAAUCUGUAUUCAUUUAUAUACAUUUUGAUGGUCUUGAAAGUUAAGGAAAAAGCAAAACAGCCACCCAUCAAAAUAAAAAGUUACCCUCAGGUCAGUCUGAAGUUAAAUCAGGAAAUAUUAAAUCGGUUUUGGAAGUAAUUUGGAUGGACAACAUCUGUGUUAAACAUUUCACAUCACAUUGUCCAUUCAUAUGUCCAUAACACAACCCAGACAUGUAAAGCAUUUAUACCUUUCCUUAAUAUCUUUAAGUUUGUCAAUGAAACGUCUGCUCUAAGAGUCAAAUUACUUUCAAAAUAAAAUAAAAACCUGUUAUAGUUGAAAAUUGAUGUUAAAAAGUUUUCCCCCAUUUUGAAUAAUGCUGAUUUUUAAAUAUAUGGAAAGAUGUGUCAUUUUUCAUGUCUGUUAAAACCCAUCCCAAGGGGUUUUUUUUCCCAAGCUCAUUUGGUUUUUUCUUCAGAGUACAUCUUCUGUUGCAGUCGUUUGGCAUAGCUUUGGGCCAUGGAGUUGAUUAUAGAUAAGAUAAAAUAACAAACCAUGACAAUCACCAAUUUUU